GCAGCGGGGUAUGGUUGACUCCGUCAAUGCUCCGUUCGAAUAAGGGUUUCUUUGAAUUCGAAUCAAUGAACCGAGGAGCAUCCCGGGGUACAUCAGUUGCCGAUGUGAUGCUGAAAAACGAAACAGGUGGUUGUGGUAGAUUGAUUCUGGAGUCCAUCCUAGAGAGCAGCAUGACGGAGGAGAUGUACGGAUGCAGGGAUUUAAUAAUGAGUCAAGAAUCUGCCCACGGACAAGGCAACAACAAUGAACACGUCAGUGUUCAUACUGAAGCAUCUAGCUUCAUCCCUCCCGUCCAAAAUGAACCCGUCAAUCAACAAAAUGUUGGGAAUAACCCGAACGCUGGUGGUCAACCCGACCUUGUGAUUCCAACUUUUCUGGCUAAUGUGUUACAACAGAUAUCCAACGCACCAAUGUUUCAACCAACUCCACCUCGUGUGGUAACCUACAAAACACUAAGGGAUAAUGGUACAGAGAUAUUCCUUGGGGAUCGCAUUGCUGAACCCCAAAUUGCAUGGGAUUGGAUCGAGCAGACGGCUCGGGUGUUGGAAGAUCUUAAUGUACCCACUGACAAUUAUCUCAGACUGGCUUCUCAAUUGCUUCGAAAGGAAGCCUACGAGUGGUGGAAGAGGACCGAUGAGAGUGCGGGAACCCCUAAGCCGUGGACAUGGGCACAUUUCGAAUGGGCAUUCAAGCAAGAAUAUAUUCCGAAACAUUUUAGCAAAGAAAGACGUAUGGAAUUUGUCGAACUGCAACAGGGAGACAUGACACUCCCUGAAUACCGACACUUCCGAAAGGAGUGCCCUACAAACCUCGGAGAACCGUUUCCACCUGCCCCUGUUGUUAGUCAAGUAGCAUCGGAACGACCCGCACCAAGUCAACGCUCAACAGCGGGGUCUAAUCCAGCCAAGAAUCAGAACCAACAACAAGGACGAGCUCCUGCUCGUACAUAUGCAAUGAAGGCACGAGCUGAGGAAAACCCUGACGUCAUUCAGGUAAUUAUUAUGGAUAACUCCAGUGGUUAUUACGGUCCGCUUUCUUACUACCAAUCACCCAACCGCCCUCCGUACCAAACCCAUCCAUCUUACCACCCGCAUCAGAACCCAUACGAUGAUGACUACCAAGUCAACAAUGGGUCUGACUACUAUCCCUACCAUGAGGAACCACCAUAUGAUACCCCAUCUGAGAACUUUGGAUAUUCUUCGUACCAAGACUCUGAUGGGGAAGAUUAUUAUGAACCUCAUGGUGAUCACGAUGACUAUGACCGCAAUGGGCCUAUAUACGACGAUCAACCUGAUCCGCUCAUCGAAGAAAUCCUAAGAUUAGAACAGAAAAUCUUCUAUUUCGACGAACUUUUAUUCGCUGAAGGCUCCUGGUACGAACCACCCUACUGCCGUGACUACACCCUACUUGCUGAAGAACAAAUUGAGGCAAACAAGGUGGCAAUUCGAGAAAGAGCAAAACUUCUUGAAUCAGUCCGGAAGGAAAAGGAGUUCGAAAGGAGAUUAUGCGAAGGAUCAGAAAUGAUGCAGAAAAUGCUGGACGACUUUCAAAGAGAGAGACUAGAAGAUGAGGAUAAAGCUGAUAAAUUAGUCAAUGAUCUCCGCAAGGCUAUUGAGCUUAAACGCUCCCUCCAACCUCAAGAUCCACAAUUGGAGGAAGUUAAUGCUCAAAAAGAGGCUCUAGAACCUAAGACCAACCCUGAACCUUCCAACCAUCAGGUUCCAGUUCUAGAAGAUUCACCAAGUUCUACACCAUCACAGAAACCCGAGAGCAUAACAACUCUUGCUGGGGCUACUGUGGUGAUGUUACCCGAAUACCCUCCAAGCCAAGUCUCAACCGGCACAGUCGUACAUGAGGUGGAACCAACUGAGGGACCUGACUCAGAACCACCUAUGCUUAUUCAAGAAAAGAAGGAGGAGGAACCAAUUGAAGAUAAGGAAGAAAUCAAUUUCGCAAUCAAGGCUAAUGAUGUGGAUCUACUGAGGAGACUUCCGCCACCACCCACCUAUACAAAGUCUCCUCCAUAUAUCCUGUUGCCACCAAGCCGCAGGGAGGAGUCAAGGAUCCUGGACCUUGACCGAGCAACAAAUCAAACAAGGUGGCACCAGAAGAGAGUUAGAAGGGCCAAACUUUAUGACUCUCGGAUCGGGAAGUCGCGGAAAAAGUGGGUGAGCGUCGAGCUACGGACGUUAAAGAAGCGCUUAACGGGAGGCAACCCGUCAUUCAAAUAACUAAAAUAAUUAAAUUCAAUAGUUUAUU